AUUUCGAACAAAAAUAAUUUUCUUAGAAUACCAACAAAAUAGAUUUUUUAUUCCAUUCCAAACAAGACUGGCCCUAUAAAAUACAUAGAAUUAUAUGAGGUGACUUGAAACUAUCCUUCAAAAGUCUGAAGUCUACUUAUGACACAUGGUUGUUUUAAUGUUUAAUGUUGUGCGACCUACACAACUUUCAGAAUGUUGCGAGCGGUAUACCCUUACCCUGGUUCUUUCCCAGGAACUUUAAAGUUCUCUAAGAAUGAAAUUUUCUUAGAUAUUCGUGAAGUAAAUCAAGACUGGCGUAUGGUGUGUAAGACAGAUGGGACUUUAGGUUGCGUCCCAUCAGAUUUUGUCGAAAAAUACGAGACUGGGGAUCAAGACAUCAAAGUUGAGUUUGCUAAAAAUGCAUUAGCUAACUUGACUGAUAGAAUUCUAGAAAAUGUUGGGGGGAAGGAGGAUUUGCUUGAACGUUUGUUGCAGAUAAGAGGAGAAAAAGACAUGGAUACACCUGGUGAUGUGAAACCACCUGGAAACCUUUCUGAGCUAAGGAUAACUGAUCCUAAAAAACGUAUAACUCAAGCGGCAAUAGCAAAGUCUGAAGGAGAUAUUAUUUUACCAAAGAAUUUCGAAUACCGCCUACUGGACACAAUAAGACUAGCAACAAAUUGUUCUUAUUCAGAUUGUGGAUUUGUGUAUUCAGCAUUGAUGGGUAUGCUAUCCUGUGUAAUACCAGGUUUGAAAGAAAAUCUCCAAGCCGAUAAGAAGGUAAUAUGGUUAAUAUAUGUGUAAAACUUGGGCACUGUGGUAUUAAGUGAUUCCAUAUUAGUUUGUUUAUUAGACAUAUCACACAGUGAAGCAGUAUUAUUUACUGGAUGACGUUUCGAACAAAGCGAUAGUGAUAAUAACGAUAACAAUAAUAAUAGUAAUAAUAAUAAGAAUAAUAAUGACGACAUGCAUGUCAAAUAUGCGCGAGGCAACACCAACAAUAAGGAAUCUAAAUCAUCAGUAAUAAUUCCAUACAAGGAAGGAACCUCGGAAGCACUACGCAGAAUUCUUAACAAGGCAGGAACAAAAGUGGCCGGCAUUCAAACCCCUCACAAACUCAUUCAGAAACAAGCUCUGUUGGCUAAAGGAUCCUGUGGAG